GUUCCCUGGAAAUAUUUUUACACGUAGAAGAUUCUUGGUGUUUUGUGCGAUUAUAUUAUUACUAAUUCUGGAAUGAAUAUUAUGUGAAUAAAGAAAAUAACAAUGAGUGCAUUUGCCAGCAAGAGUGGCAGGGUGGUACCCCCUCAGUCACCCAGUCAGUCUGGUGUACCUCCAGGAGGCAAUACAGACUUAGCUAGUCUAUUUGAAUGCCCAGUGUGUUUUGAUUAUGUAUUACCACCAAUAUUACAAUGCCAGAGUGGUCACCUUGUCUGUGCCAACUGCCGCCCAAAAUUGACAUGCUGUCCAACCUGUAGAGGACCACUAGGUAAUAUCAGAAAUCUUGCCAUGGAGAAGGUGGCAUCCACAGUCAUGUUUCCUUGUAAGUAUUCCUCAUCAGGCUGCUCAGCAACCCUCCUUCACACAGACAAAACAGAACAUGAGGAUACAUGUGAGUUCCGUCCAUACAUGUGUCCAUGUCCUGGAGCAUCCUGUAAAUGGCAAGGAUCUUUGGAACAAGUUAUGCCACACCUCAUGAGCGUCCACAAAAGUAUCACAACUCUACAGGGUGAGGAUAUAGUUUUCUUAGCAACAGAUAUCAAUUUACCUGGAGCUGUAGAUUGGGUCAUGAUGCAGAGCUGUUUUGGUCAUCACUUCAUGUUGGUUUUGGAGAAGCAAGAAAAAUAUGAUGGACAUCAACAAUUCUUUGCAAUAGUUCAACUAAUAGGAUCGAGAAAACAAGCUGAAAACUUUGCCUACAGAUUGGAGUUAAAUGGACUUCGACGGAGACUAACUUGGGAAGCCACACCACGAUCAAUACAUGAAGGUGUGCAGUCAGCCAUCAUGAACUCUGACUGUCUUGUCUUUGACACAUCCAUUGCCCAGUUGUUUGCAGAUAAUGGUAACCUUGGAAUCAAUGUCACAAUAUCCAUGUGCUGAAGGACAUCAACUGGUCUGGAGAAGGUUUUCACCAGCCAAAACUUGAAUGUGCUCAAAGCCUUUGUGGUGGCCAAGAUGCCAAGCAUUACUGAUGGGGAAAGCCUCAUGUCAAGAACGACAGGAUUGGCCCAAGUACAACAGCAUAUUUACAACUGUGUGGAUGUGAAAAAUCACUUUGUAAAUAGUUUGUUUUUUCAAGGAAUGAACCAAUAUUUUUUUUCCAUUCAUCACAACUAAUGUAAGUACAUUGUGUUCAUCAGAUCUGCAUUAUUUUAUUUACUUGAGUUACAGUUAUGGUAAUUUUGUAGUGAACAUAUAUAAUGCUUACAUUAUCUACAACUUGGAUGUGUGAGGAAAUGUCAUCAGAUCAUAAAUGUGGACUGAGUAAACUUUCAUACUGCUAUAACUAUAACAAGAAGCAUCAGUAUUUUUGUAAGUUGGUUAUUACUCACACUUCUUUGAGGAUUGGUGUGUGUUUGGAAAAGAGAUGAUUCUUGUAUUACAACAGAGACUCAUAUCAGUGAUAUAGUAUUAGUGACUCCAGAUCACUUUCCAUAAUUCAGACUUCUCCUGUGGUAGAAAGUCAUGGGAUAACAAACUGAAAGUGUAUGAGUUUAUUAAGGUAAUUAUUUAUUUACUUUUCCCAUGAUGUAUUUUUUGUGGUAAUAAUAGGAAUGCCAUAUGUGAGGGACAAAUAAACAAUAGAACAUCUUCAGUCUUACCAGAUUUUGUAAAAUAUGUAGGUAGUUUAGAUGGUUUUACUUAUUCUAUUUGCUUUUAAAAUAACUUUUAUACUUUUCUUCUGACUAAAAUUUAAAGUAAAGUUUCUUGUGGAUAGUUUAAGUACUUGGUCAUGUAGAACAAUGAAUGGCACAAGUACUUUAAAACUGUUUUCUUAGAAAUAAAAGACCUUCAGAAAGACAAUUCCAGGUGUUUAUGCAUUAUUUAUCGUCUGGAAGAACUGGAAUUUUGUCAUAAGUCUGCAGUUGUUUAUGCAGUCUGAG